CCGAACCUGAAGAGUCUCCUGGGUGACGGGGAACGCAGGAGAAGGUAUGCUUCUGCGCAGUGGCUCGCUUGGGAGGCGACUGGAGCCUAGCGAUGAAGAAAGUUUUUACUCUUUUAGAAAGAUCUUGGCUUGGUACUCCACUACAAUUCACCUGGCAAAAGACAUUAGGAAACUACCUAGCUGUAACAGGAGCUGAUCAUACCAUAAAAAUCUUUGAUCGUCAUGGUCAAAAAAGAAGUGAAAUUAAUUUGCCUGGUAACUGUGUUGCUAUGGAUUGGGAUAAAGAGGGAGAUACCCUAGCAGUAGUUUCUGAGAAAUCUAGUUCCAUCUAUUUAUGGGAUGCCAAUACAAAUAAAAUCAGCCAGUUGGACAGUGGCAUGAGAGAUCAAAUGUCUUUUCUUCUCUGGUCAAAAUAUGGAGCAUUCUUAGCUGCUGGAACCGUUAAGGGAAAUUUGCUUAUAUAUAAUCGUCAGACUUCUAGAAAGAUCCCUGUCCUUGGUAAACACACUAAGCGGAUCACAUGUGGCUGUUGGAGUUCAGAAAAUCUACUGGCAUUGGGAAGUGAAGAUAAAAUGAUAACAGUUAGUAAUCAGGAAGGUGAUACCAUAAGACAGACUCCAGUCCGAUCAGAGCCUAGUGAUAUGCAGUUUUCAACAAUGAAGACUGAUGACAGAAACUCUGCUUCUGAAAGCACAAUAAGUGUGGUGGUUGGCAAGAAAACUUUAUUUCUUUUCAAUCUGAAUGAUCCAGAUAGCCCAAUUGAUCUAGAAUUUCAGCAGCGCUAUGGCAGCAUUGUUUGUUACAGUUGGUAUGGAGAUGGCUAUAUAAUGAUUGGUUUCUCACGGGGAAUUUUUGUUGUCAUUUCGACUCAUAUUCGAGAAAUUGGUCAAGAGAUCUUUCAGGCUCGGAACCACAAGGAUAACUUAAGUAGUAUUGCAAUAUCACAGUCCCUUAACAAAGCUGCUACAUGUGGGGACAACUGCAUUAAAAUCCAUGACCUCUCAGAACUAAAAGAAAUGUAUGCUAUAAUAAACCUGGAUGAUGAAAAUAAAGGGUUGGGUAGUCUAUCUUGGACAGAUGAUGGCCAGUUGUUGGCGGUAUCUACUCAAAGAGGCUCACUCCAUGUUUUCCUGACCAAACUUCCUGUUCUUGGGGACAACUGCAGCACACGGAUUGCAUAUCUCACCUCUCUCCUUGAAGUGACAGUAGCCAACCCUGUUGAAGGAGAGCUACCCAUCACAGUUUCUGUUGAAGUGGAGCCCAACUUCUUAGCUAUAGGUCUUUAUCAUUUGGCUGUGGGAAUGAACAAUCGAGCUUGGUUCUAUGCACUUAGAGAGGACAUUGUGAAAAAGUUAAAAGAUGUUGAGUAUCUGGGAACAGUAGCUAGAAUGUGCCUUCAUUCUGACUAUGCUGCUGUACUUUUUGAGGGCAAAAUACAGUUACAUAUGAUAGAAAGUGAAAUUUUGGAUGCUGAAGAAGAACGUGAGACUCGACUUUUUCCAGAGGUAGAUGACAAAUGCCGAAUUUUAUGCCAUGCUUUAACUGGAGAUUUCCUAAUUUAUGGUACAGAUACUGGCGUUAUAAGGUAUUUCUUUAUUGAAGACUGGCAAUAUGUGAAUGAAUAUCGACAUCCUGUCAGUGUGAAAAAAAUUUUUCCUGACCCUAAUGGGACAAAAUUGGUUUUCAUUGAUGAAAAAAGUGAAGGAUUUGUCUACUGUCCUGUUAAUGAUGUCACCUAUGAAAUUCCAAAUUUCUCACCAACUAUUAAAGGUGUUCUUUGGGAAAACUGGCCAUUGGAUAAAGGUGUAUUUAUUGCCUAUGAUGAUGACAAGGUAUAUACAUUUGUCUUCCAUAAGGAUACUAUACAAGGUUCCAAGGUAAUUUUGGCAGGUGGUACCAAAGUUCCAUUUUCUCAGAAGCCAUUGCUGUUAUAUAAUGGAGAAUUAACGUGCCAGACACAGAGUGGAAAAACCAACAACAUCUACCUUAACACCCAUAACUUCCUUGGCAGUUUAAAAGAUCCUGAGCCCAAUGAACUGAAAGAAAUGCUGACACAGGCUUUAAUGCUAAAAAGGUUUUCUGAUGCAUGGGAAUUGUGCAAAAUCCUCAAUGAUCAAGAUACUUGGAAUGAACUUGCCAGAGCCUGCCUACAUCACACGGAAGUGGAGUUUGCAAUCCGAGUUUACCGUACGAUUGGAAAUGUUGGAAUGGUGAUGUCUCUAGAACAAGUAAAGGGAAUAGAAGACCAUAACCUUUUAGCAGGACAUCUUGCCAUGUUUACAAAUGAUUUCAGUCUGGCUCAGGAUCUUUAUUUGUCAUCUAUCUAUCCCUCUGCUGCACUGGAGAUGAGACGAGAUUUGCAACAUUGGGACAGUGCACUACACCUUGCUAAACGUCUGGCCCCAGAACAAAUCCCAUUCAUAUCAAAAGAGUAUGCUAUUCAGCUUGAGUUCACGGGUGAUUAUGUAAAUGCUUUGGCUCAUUAUGAGAAAGGAAUAACAGGUGAUAAUAAGCACCUAGAACAUGAUGAGGCCUGUCUAGCUGGAGUGGCUCAGAUGUCUAUUAGAAUGGGAGAUAUUCGACGAGGGGUUAACCAAGCCAUCAAGCAUCCAAGUCGACUCCUGAAAAGGGAUUGUGGUGCUAUUCUGGAAAAUAUGAAGCAAUUCUCAGAAGCAGCCCAGCUGUAUGAAAAAGGGCAGUACUAUGACAAAGCAGCAUCUGUUUACAUUCGUUGUAAAAACUGGGCAAAGGUUGGUGAACUUCUACCUAAUGUUUCUUCUCCUAAGAUCCAUCUACAGUAUGCCAAAGCUAAAGAAGCAGAUGGAAGAUAUAAAGAAGCUGUUCUUGCUUAUGAGAAUGCAAAACAAUGGAACAGUGUCAUCCGUAUCUACUUGGAUCACCUUAAUAAUCCUGAAAAAGCUGUUCGAAUUGUGAGAGAAACACAGUCUCUUGAUGGAGCCAAAAUGGUAGCCAGAUUUUUUCUUCAAUUGGGUGACUAUGGCUCUGCUAUCCAGUUUCUUGUUAUGUCCAAAUGUAAUCAUGAAGCCUUUACCCUAGCCCAGCAGCACAAUCAGAUGGAAGUCUACGCAGAUAUCAUUGGUUCUACAGACACUACUAAUGAAGACUAUCAGAGCAUUGCAGUAUACUUUGAAGGAGAAAAGAAGCAUCUUCAAGCAGGAAAAUUCUUCUUCUUAUGUGGCCAAUAUGCACGGGCACUUAAACAUUUCUUGAAAUGUCCAAACUCAGAAGAUAAUAUGGCAGUAGAAAUGGCGAUUGAAACAGUUGGGCACGCUAAGGAUGAAGUUUUAACUAAUCAGCUAAUAGACUAUCUCCUGGGUGAAAGUGAUGGCAUGCCUAAGGAUGCCAAAUAUCUGUUCCACUUGUACAUGGCUCUGAAACAAUACAGAGAAGCUGCCAGGACUGCUAUUAUAAUCGCCAGAGAAGAACAAUCUGCUGGAAACUAUCGAAAUGCACAUGACGUUCUCUUCAGUAUGUAUGCAGAAUUAAAAACCCAGAAAAUCAAAAUUCCUUCUGAGAUGGCUACCAAUCUUAUGAUUCUGCACAGCUAUGUAUUAGUGAAGAUUCAUGUUAAAAGUGGAGAUCAUAUGAAGGGAGCACGAAUGCUUAUUCGUGUGGCCAACAACAUUAGCAAAUUCCCAUCACACAUUGUACCUAUCUUGACUUCUACAGUGAUAGAGUGUCACAGAGCAGGGCUGAAAAACUCUGCUUUCAGUUUUGCUGCUAUGUUGAUGAGACCAGAGUAUCGCAAUAAAAUAGAUACCAAAUAUAAAAAGAAAAUUGAGGCAAUGGUGAGGAGACCUGACACAUCAGAAAUAGAAGAGGUUUUAACACCAUGUCCAUUUUGUGAAUUUCUGCUCCCCGAGUCUGAACUACUCUGCCCUGGAUGCAAAAAUAAUAUCCCAUAUUGCAUUGCCACUGGUCGGCAUAUGUUAAAAGAUGACUGGACUGUAUGUCCACAUUGUGACUUUCCUGCUUUAUACACCGAAUUUAAAAGCAUGCUAACUACAGAAAACACAUGUCCUAUGUGUUCAGAAAGGUUAACCAGUGAUCAGCUUCAAAAAAUAACAGAUUUUGCACCAUACCCCAGAGGAGAAGUGGAACAAUGAAUACAUCCAGGUGUGAAAGUAGCCCAAUUAAUCAUGAAGCACACACAACCCCAAGAUAACAGAAAAACACUUACAAUGGGAAAAGUCUGAAGAGUAUUCAAGUGGAAGAUGUGUGAUGACUAUAUAGUAAUAACAGAUUUUUUUCAACACCUUUCACAGUGAGGACUGUCCUUCAAAAUGGUCAUCUUGAGCGACUAUCCUCUUCAGUAGUGAUGCUAUUAUUCAAAACAUUUUUGGAAUUCUUUAUUUGAAAUUGCCAUUAGUCAGUUUAUGAACCAUCCAAGAAAACCAGUCUCUUCAUUUUUUCAAUUUAAUUCAACAAAUUUUAUUAAGGCCCUGCUAUAUAUGCAAAGCACCGUGCUUAAGCACUGACUUUAUAAAAAAUAAUAAACCUGACAUUUGUGUAGCAUUUUAAUAUUUAUAACAUAGUCAUUAAAGAAAAAUGUAAGCACUACAUAUUUGCCCAUUUUACAAAUGAGGGUACCGAGGCCCAAAGGUUAACUGAUUACCCUAUGGCCAUGAAAUUCAUAAGUGCCAGAAGUGGGAUUUGAACCCAUGUCUCUCCGGACUCCAAGUUCAGCACUGUAUCAUGCUGCCUCUCACAAUCACGAAUUCAAUUCAGUAAGCACUGAGUAAGCACCUACUAAGUGCAAGCUAUUGUGCUAAGCAGUGGGGGACAGGAAGACAAAACCUGCUUCCAGCCCUCAAGGAACAUACGUUAUCUUGAGGGCUAUAACAUGAAUGCAAAUGCAGUAACUGAGAUAGUCAAGAACACUUCAAGACGAGCUAAGCGCCCCUUCAGCUAAGCCUUGAAGAAAAACGUAUUCUGGAACACUGCGAUGACGCAAGUGCCCAGCAGGGUACCCUUCACAUGGCGGUCUUAAGUGCUUAUUGAAUUGAAAUUAACUUUUGUGAUUCGUAGAUUGGCUCUGAAGGCAGUUUCAAGAAUGGUAAAAAUAUCCGGAAUGAAAGCAACCUUAAACUGUUUACAACCCUAAAUUAUUUAGUGAUUACUACCUCUAGAAUGUAAGCUCUCAAGGGCAGUGACUCUCAUUUUAUUCUAUGUCUAUCCCCAGUGCUUUGCAUAUAGCAGGUACUUAAAAGACACAAUUUGAUUGAAUUAAAUUAGGCUUGUACAGUAGCAUACACUCCUUAAGACUGGUGGUUUCCUAAAACCCCUGAAAAUGAUACUACUGUUAAAGGUUCAGAAACUGCUAAAGAAUACAGUAUAGCUGAUGUUUAUAUAGAGAAUCCAAUUCCACUAUCAGCAAGUAAUACAGAAAUUAAACCAAAGGUUCUUACGUGGGAACCGUCGACUUUUUGCUUUUUUAUGUCUUACGAACUGUAUUUCCAUAUAAUUGGUUUCUUUUUUAAGUCUAUAUAUUUUAUGAAUUUAAAAACAUUCUGAGAAGGGGUUCAUAGUCUUCCCAGUCAGCCAAAGGGGUCUGACACAAAAAAAGGUUAAGACCCCCUGAACUAAACAUUCAACAUUCCAUAUGUAUUAGGUGGCACUGAAUCAAGUUAGGAAUAUGCUUGUUUUGUCUCAUAGGAAUAAUCUCAACUACAAAAAUAUACAUAUCAACUUUUUCCUAAUUGGGUAUCUUUCCUUGGUCCAGCAUUUCUUAGGGUUCCCAUGACUAGAAGGUCUGCAAAGAGAGACUAGACAACCAUUUUUUGUCAGCAAGUGAGGAAGGGGGACUGAUGCUCAUCUGUCCUCCCCCAACCCCUGCAAACUUUUUCUUAUAUUAAUUUGUUUAGUAAUAUUUUCUUCAUAAGUAAUUUAAAGAAAUUGGAUCCUGCCUAAAUUGAAUUAUCACAAGUUAUAAAUUUGUGAUAUUCAAACUUUUGUUUUUAAUAUUGUUUAAAGAAAAGAAGAUCACACCUUCUUGAAGUCUCCUUAUUCAAGAAGCAGUUGCCCCAAGAAAUGUUUGGCUGUCUUAAUAGAAAUAAUAGUUUUAUGGUCUGCUUCAGUAAUUCACUGAAGAAUGCAACUUAACAGCUCUUAAAAGUGGCUGUUUUCAACCCUGUCCUACUCACUACUAUCGAUGCUUUUCUCUCUUUUAACCAAUUCUUUAUACCUUUAUGACUUCCUACCUAUAUUACCUGGGCCUUUCCUGACACAAGAUUCAGCUAGCAGAAUGUCUACUCCACAUGGAUUGUGCCUCAUUCACUUUGUUGCACAGUGACCAGAACCGUACCAUAGUCAUUUUCCAACUGAGACGAAAGAAACAGAAGCAAGUAUAAAUAAUAUUAUGGCUGUUAAGCGUUUAGCUUUAUUUCCUAGCAAAUAUUUGCAUUUGCUUUAUUCUCUCCUUCUACCACAAUCAUAUGGUGGAAAAUUUAAAGAUUCAGAUAUAACAGAUAUUUCUAGAGGCUAGAUCAUAUUCCCAGGGUAAUUGAAAUGUCUCUCAAGAGGCUUUGUGGACAAUCUUUCCUGGAAACAGUAACAUAGACGUCAUCUCAAGGUCCCUUCUUGCAUUUUUCGUAUUUUCUUUAUUAUCCUUUUCACUUUAUUUUAUACUUUUAUUAUUUACUUCACUUUAUUAUACUUUUCACUCUGUGAGUUUUUUCCCCUCAAUUCUGUCUCCUAUAUUGUGAUUCUGUAAACAUUUACAUUUUGAUAUUUUUAUAUCUGGAAAUACAGACUUUAAAAUUAAAUUGAUGAAUGGAUAUUUGAAA